GGUUAUAAAGUUGGGGGCGGAGAAGUCAAGAGUGGCUGGGGGAAUGAUGGCUGAUGAAGAGGAAGAAGCUAAGCGCGUCUUACAGAAACUGCAGGAACUGGUGGACCAGCUCUAUUCAUUUCGAGACUGCUAUUUCGAGACACACAGUGUUGAGGAUGCUGCACGGAAACAGCAGGAUGUACGGGAGGAGAUGGAGAAGACCGUCCAGCAGAUGGAGGAAGUAUUGGGUGUGAGCCCUGAAAGUUCUGCCCAGAGCAAGGCACAGACUCUAAUGCUAACAGGGAAGGCACUGAACGUGACUCCUGAGUACAGCCCGAAGGCAGAGGCGCUUCUGUCAAAAGCUGUGAAGCUGGAGCCUGAGCUGGUGGAAGCUUGGAACCAGCUGGGUGAGGUCUACUGGAAGAAAGGGGAUGUUGCAGCCGCCCACACCUGCUUCUCAGGAGCCCUCACCCAUUGCAAGAACAAAGUCUCUCUACAAAACCUGUCAAUGGUGCUUCGCCAGCUGCAGACCGACAAUGGAGAAGAACAUUCUCGCCAUGUCAUGGACAGUGUCCGACAAGCUAAGCUAGCUGUGCAGAUGGAUGUCCUUGACGGCCGCUCCUGGUAUAUCUUGGGGAAUGCAUACCUUUCUCUUUACUUCAAUACUGGCCAGAACCCUAAGAUCUCCCAGCAAGCCCUCAGUGCCUAUGCCCGAGCAGAGAAGGUGGACAGGAAAGCUUCCAGCAAUCCUGACCUUCAUCUGAACAGGGCAACGCUACAUAAAUAUGAAGAGAAUUAUGGGGAAGCCCUGGAGGGCUUCGCUCGGUCGGGAGCCCUGGACCCUGCUUGGCCAGAGCCCCAGCACCGAGAGCAGCAGCUGUUGGAAUUCCUCAGUAAAUUAACCAGCCUCCUGGAGAGCAAGGGAAAGAUGAAGGCCAAAAAACUGCAGAGCAUGCUAGGAAGCUUGCGUCCAUCCCAUCUUGGCCCUUGUGGUGAUGGGCGCUAUCAGUCAGCCUCGGGACAGAAGGUGACCCUGCAGCUCAAGCCCCUGAGCACGUUGCAGCCUGGUGUGAACAGUGGUGCUGUGGUCCUGGGAAAGGUGGUGUUUAGCCUGACUACAGAGGAGAAGGUCCCUUUUACGUUUGGCUUGGUAGAUUCAGAUGGACUUUGCUAUGCUGUGAUGGUAUACAAUAUAGUCCAGAGCUGGGGAGUUCUCAUCGGGGACUCAGUUGCCAUCCCUGAGCCUAACCUUCGGAUUCACCAAAUUCAGCACAAGGGAAAGGACUAUUCCUUUUCCAGUGUUCGGGUGGAGACGCCACUCCUGCUUGUGGUGAAUGGAAAGCCUCAGGGCUCCGGUAGCCAGGCUGCUGCCAUGGUGGCCUCACGACCACAGUGUGAAUGAUCUUUCCUGACUUGCAUGCUGUGGAAGGAGCAGGGAGUGGUGUGAAGAUAAGCUCAAGGCACUUGGCCACUGGAUCAGCCUCAUCCAGUGACUCCACUGGGAUUGGCGAAGAGUAUUUUACAUGGAGACUUUCCCAUCCCCUGUCCUGGAGGAUCCCUGUCCCUCUAACUCUUCCCUGUCAUGUUCCAUAUCCUUCAGGGCCGCUCACUUCCCUGGUGCAUCUCUCCUGCCUCGUUGACUGCUGUCAGUGUUACACAGAGUGUAGCAUUGGUGGAAGUGUUGGGAUCUUGUCAUGGGAAAAAAUUCGCAGGAUUCCUGCUCUUGUCUUCUUCCUGAGUCUAGUAUGUAUAUAUCAGUUCAGUAUUUAUUGCUAAAGGAAGGGGGCUUAACUUUUCAAUGGCUUGAUUUUUGAGCAAUUUUUAUUUUUAUUUUAAAAGUUUAAAUUCUUUCCCUUCUUUGGGGUUGGAGCAGAAUUAAAUUUUCUUGGGGGAAAAAAAAUACCCUAUAGUUUGGUGUGCUUUAUUUUCUCCAGGCUUCGAUUCUUGUUUUUAGGUUCUAUUGGAGUAUGCUUUCCCAUUUGGUCUUUAUGCAAAAUAGUUUUUUUUCCCCUGGAAAUCUCAGAAAAAGAAUGAUAACUCCAGACAUUUGCUAAAGACCAGCUUCUUUCCAGUUUCCCAUUCUGUCGUCUCUAGUUGUGUUCUGCCCCAUAGUCUGUGACGACAGACUGGUGCUACUCUAAUAGUGCUCCUGUGCCUGAAAGACCAGAGAGAGCUAUGCAUUGUUUCUUUAGAUUCUAGUGAUGUAUUUUGUAAAAGUUUUUCAGUAUUGUGGAAAUGAAGAAAGAUUAACAAGGCUUUGAAUGGGUGUACCAGUGUUAAUGUAUAUGGAUAUGUUUGAAACACUUCUAAGCACUUGCUAUUUGGGGGAUGCAACUUAGGUCUUCGUCUGUGGUUUGGUCCUAUUCAGCUCUUGUUCACUGACUUGAGUACUACUGGUAAAAAUUUAUAACAACUGCAAAAGGCAGAAAAUUCUGUAUCUUUAACAUCAUAUGUCACAGGUAAGUUAAAGCCAGUAUAAGUAACCAAUAUGAUGUAAUAGAAACACACAUUUUGGACUACACUGAAGAAUUGUGAUAAUCAGAGAGUGUUUAAUACUGUGUCCAUCCACUGUACGCAUCUUAUAUCCAGUUUCCAGUGUUGAUUUUGAGGAAUAUAGUUAUAGAAAAGUGAUCAGGAAUUUGUGUUCAUAUAAAAUCUUGAGCAGUGGCCUAUAGCAACUGCAGAAUAAUGGUGAGUGUUAGAGACAGAGAUAAAAACCAGUAACUGUUCCCUUUUUACUGAAGUCCUGAAAUGUUUUGACAUAUUCUACGUAGGGAAAAAAAAUAAAUAGUAGUUGGUAGCUAGAAAAAAGCAGUAUGUAUAGAAGAUACAAAGUACAGUUUAAAAAUAGAGUACCCGUGAAGUGUCCAUUUGUCUUAAAAACUGGAACAUCACUGAUACCCUGGAAGCCCUCUGUGUACCUCUCCGUAAUCUAAUCACUGCUGUGAAUGGAUGAUUCUGCUCACCACCCUCUUUAAUGAUUAAUGCUGUCUUUUAGGCAUUUUAAGACAGCAUUUCAGGUGUUUCAGUUCCAUGGAUUAUUCAUGAUAACAAGUCUACCAUACUGCUGGACAUAGUAUUUCAAUUCAGUAAAGAUGUUAUUGCUGAAGCUCCCCAAAACUGAACUAUGCGUGUUAGGAGAGGUAAAUUGUUUUUUCAAGAUUUCUAGAUAGGUAACUGAGAAUACUGUAUCUGGAAACAGUUUCUUUAAUUUUACAUUCAGUAGAGAAUGAUGCGUGUUGGGUUAAUAAUUAAUCUAAGUAGGCAGAAAACAUUUCUAGAUCAAAAUACGAAUAGAGUGCUCUUCAGAAUCAGCCUUCGAUAUUUAUAAGUCAAACACUUUCUGUUAUUUUCUCCUAAGGCCUUACUUGAUUUUGAAUAUCUUAUCAGUAUACUUAGAAUUUCUGAAAGGAACAAAGGAGAAUUUGAGUUGCAAUGCUUUGGGCUCCAUAUCAUGCCUAUUUGCAUAAUUAGUCCUUUUCUAGGAUUAAAGUAGGUCCCCAUUUCUCUGUAUAAAUCCCUGGAAAGUAACAUUCUAUAUUUGAAAUUUAUGUGCUAGUAUGGAAUAAACUGAGUAAUAAGAGAAAGUUCUUAUAAAGAUGUCACCACAUUUUGGCUAGGAAAUAGAUGAUUUCCGUGGGCUACCUGUGAAAUAAUGAGAAGAAAGUCUUGAUUAGUCUCCACUGCUACAUUGGUUCUUCCAGGAAAUCCUAAAGGUAAUCCUCUUUGGUCUGGAAAAUAAUUUAAGGAAUCUGAUACUAACUCCAUCAAUUUAUUGAUUCUAAAAGAACCAUUCCUUUGUGUCAAAUUUUAACAUGUCAGAUUACAAUUCAGCAGUUUAUGGCAGGCAUGCAUGGUGAUGCAUACCUGUGAUCCCAGCACUCAGGUAGCUGAGAUGAAAGGAUCUCUGCAAGUUCAAGACCAGCCUGGACUACUUAGUAAAUUCAAGGCCAGCUUGUCUCAAAACAAAACAACACCAUAAUAAAAAACCAUGAAAUUCUUGUCAAUUUAAAUUAUAAAAUUGUUCAAGUUUUUUUAUCUUUAUUAAUAAAUGUUUACAUAAUGGAUACAUUCAUCGUGAGAAGCUAGUAUAUGUACAUAACAUCUUAAUUCUUUUUACUUUCCCUCUCACUACUCUCCCUACCUUCUGUCUUGGCCAUUUUCCCACUCGGGAAAGCUCUGUCUCCUUUUUUAAUCGUAAAAGUAAUGUUUUUUUCAGUGGCCUUUUAGAUUUGGUGAGAUACAACAGUGCUGUUUUGUGGUAGUUCUGUAUUAAGUUCCUCUCCUAAUUUUUAUAUAUAAUGAGCGUUUUCCCACAACAGUUAAUACAGAUCUACCACAUUAUUUUAAAAUAGCCACAUAAAUUUCCAGUUAAUGGGCAUAGCAUCUUUUGUUUAAUCAUUCUUCAUUUGUUGGGUUUUUUAAAAUUAUGAAUAAUGUAUUGAACAUUUGUAAUUUUUAGUAUGCUUUGGAAGCAUAUCUUUUGAGUAAGUUUCAUAAAGUGAAAUUAAUCUUUAGCCAUUGCUAAUUUGCAUUUCAAAAGUAUAUAUUGAUUUAUACUUCUCAAAUAUUUUAAUAAAUGCCUAUUUCUUCA